AAUGCUAAGCAAUUCCACCUCCGAUUCAUCAUCCUCAUCCAUCGAUGGCUUCCUUGACGCCUUCGCACCUCCCUUAGACGGAGGAGCUGCCGCCCUCUUUUGUCUCCGUGGCUGCUGCACUAAAUUGGUGACUGGCUUACGGGAAUUAGCGGAAGGAGGCUUCUGAUAGGUAACAUCUCUCUGAGAUUGCUCCUUCAACGCCAUUUGAAGUAGCUCAUCUUCAUCUAAAUCAUCACUGCUAGACAUUGUUAUCUCUGACUUAGAUGAUCGUCUUUGUCUUCCUCCCUUGAGCUAAUCGCAGAGAUCUGUGCAGUUCUUAUUUGAAUUUAGUUUUGUGACUUUUUCCUUUGAAGAAUUUUUCUUCUGUUUUCGACUUUUUCCAAUUUCCAUGUAUUAAUGAAAUAAAAACUGGAGACUCACAAAACGCAGUCGUUGAUUAUUUUAACCUAAAAGUUAUAAAUUCUCCUUACUCAAGCUUUCUUCUUCGAUCGAAAUUUAUAAAUACGACGCGACAAACCUGAAUUGCGUUCAGAAACCCUAAAGCUCUCAAAUAUAUCUCUGCAACGAAAAGAAAUCACCUGCUUACUCUUCUCCUGAAAGACCUGAUCUUCUCCGGUGAAUUGUUUUUUGUUCCGUCAAUCUUCCGAGUUUGUUUUUGCCUAAUAUGAAGUUAAACCCAUUACAGAAAAAGGCUAUAUUCAUAUUUGAUUUCUAUCAAUGGAUCCGAGGAAUUCGAGUGCGUGGGGUGGGGGUGAUGGUCUCCCCCUUAUCUCAUCCAUGGGAGGUGUUGAAUCAAAGAAUAGAUGCUGUGUGACUGACGACGAUGGCUCUAUUGGUACGAAGCUAUGUGAGAAACCUAAAGCUGAGGAGAUUGAUUUUUCUGCUCGGAAAAAGAAGUUGAAAUCGAAGAAAGGCGGGUCUGUUAGCUUUGCUCUUCUCGAUGUUGAAGAUGACAAGGAGGAAGCAGAGGAUGGAGACGACAAAAAUCCUUCUAUUAGGAGUGAUGAGGUGGUUGGAGAAACUUCAAUGAGUAAGAAAAAGAAGAAGGAUAAGAGUGGCAAGCAUGGGGUAUGUGAAGAAGAUGAUGAUGCGGACAAGAUUCUUGCUCAACAUGGGAUAACAACUACUGUUUCAACAGGGCCUGAAGCGGAGAUAGCUCUAGCUCAACCUGAGCAAGUUGCAUCUGCAGAUGGGGCUGUUGACAAGGACGGAGAAGAAAAGACUGUUGAGUCAGCUACAGCGAAGAAAAAGAAAAAGAAGAAGGACAAGGACAAGAAAGCAAGUGCUUCUUUAGCUAUUUCUUCUGUGGAGGCUAAGGAGGAUAGACAAGGGAAGAAAGAUGUAAAGAUUAAAGUAGCGGAAAAGAAAGUUCCUAAACAUGUUCGAGAGAAGCAAGAGACUCUUGCGCGGUGGAAAGAAGCUGAAGAUGGGAAGAAGAAGGAAGAAGAAGAGAGAUUGAGGAAAGAGGAAGAGGAGCGCCGUAUAGAGGAAGAGCGAGAAAGGGAAGCUGAAGAGAUUAGGCAGAAGAGAAAGAUCAGGAAAAUGGAGAAGAAGCAAGAAGGCCUGAUUCUAACAGCAAAGCAAAAGCGUGAUGCUGCUAAGAAUGAGGCUUUCAGAAAAAGGGUGUUGACUGAUGCUGGAAGUCUUCUUGUUGCAGAUAAAAACGGUGAUUCCUCAAAACGUCCCAUAUAUGGCAAUAAAAACAAAUUAGCUUGCAAAAAAGCAAACGAUCCUGCUUCUGUCCAGGCUAAAGGUGAUGGGGAAACCAAGGAAAAUCAUGCAGCAGAUGAACCAUGUACUUUACCUGACUUGGUUUCAGUUGAAGAUAGAAGGGUUGGUAUUAUCGAAUCAGUAGACACAGAAGAGACACAUGAAUCUGUUGAUGUAUCACAAGAGAAUGGUGAUGAGGAAGAUGUGUGGGAUGCAAAAACUAAUUUUACCAUCAAGGGUGAUUCUGAUGAUGAGGAGGAAAAACCUCAGCCUGUGUUCAAGAAAGGUUUAAAAGACACUGCAUCAAAGGCACAUGAUUCAGUUCCUGGCGCAGAUAGACCAACAGUGAAGCCUGGAGGUUCUGGCAAGCCAAAAACAGCUGCCAAAAAAGCUAUGCCUAAGGUGGAUGAUACUACCCGGCCGAAAGAUACUUCUAAAAAGGAUGAAGGCUUAGUACUGAAUGAACUUGCUAAAGAAGUAGAAGAAAAUCUUCGCUCUCCAAUUUGCUGCAUCAUGGGUCAUGUUGAUUCUGGUAAAACAAAGCUGUUGGAUUGCAUCAGAGGAACAAAUGUUCAGGAAGGUGAAGCUGGAGGUAUUACUCAACAGAUUGGUGCAACCUUUUUCCCUGCAGAAAACAUCCGUGAGAGGACCAAAGAGUUACAAGCUAAUGCUAAACUCAAGGUGCCAGGUAUAUUGGUUAUCGAUACACCUGGACACGAGUCAUUCACAAAUCUGCGGUCAAGGGGUUCAAAUUUGUGUGACCUUGCAAUUCUAGUGGUUGAUAUAAUGCGAGGUCUAGAGCCACAAACCAUAGAAUCUCUUAAUCUUUUGAGAAGAAGGAAUGUAAAGUUCAUUAUUGCCUUGAAUAAGGUGGAUAGGCUAUAUGGGUGGGAAAAAAGCAAGAAUGCUCCUAUAAGGAAGACAAUGAUGCAACAAACGGGAGAUGUGGUUAAGGAAUUUAAAAUGAGGCUAAACCGAGUUCAAAACCAGUUCCAAGAACAAGGACUCAACAGUAUGCUUUAUUACAAGAACAGAGAAAUGGGAGAAACUAUCAGUAUCCUACCUGCUAGCGCUAUUAGUGGGGAAGGGAUUCCAGAUCUUUUACUGUUCUUGGUUCAAUGGGCUCAGAAAACGAUGGUGGAGAAACUUACAUAUGUUGACAAAGUGCAGUGUACCGUCCUUGAGGUCAAAGUUAUUGAAGGCCAUGGUAUUACAGUUGAUGUUGUUUUGGUCAACGGUGUACUCCGUGAAGGUGAUCAAAUUGUUGUUUGUGGGUCACAGGGACCAAUUGUAACAACUAUUAGAUCAUUGUUGACUCCUUAUCCUAUGAACGAGAUGCGGGUGACGGGUACCUAUAUGCCUCACAGAGAAGUAAAGGCUGCGCAGGGUAUCAAAAUUGCUGCACAGGGCCUUGAACACGCCAUUGCUGGUACUGCCUUGCAUGUGAUUGGACCUAAUGAGGACAUGGAAGAAGCCAAGAAAAAUGCCAUGGAAGAUAUUGAGUCAGUUAUGAACCGCAUUGACAAAAGUGGUGAAGGCGUUUAUGUACAAGCAUCUACAUUAGGGUCCUUGGAAGCAUUGCUCGAGUUCUUGAAGUCCUCAGAUGUAAAAAUACCUGUCAGUGGUAUUGGCAUAGGACCUGUGCAUAAGAAGGAUAUCAUGAAGGCCGGGGUAAUGCUAGAGAAGAAAAAAGAGUUUGCAACGAUUUUGGCCUUUGAUGUGAAAAUAAGUGCAGAAGCUCGUGAACUUGCAGACAAAAUGGGAGUAAAAAUCUUCUGCGAUGAUACCAUCUAUUGUCUGUUCGAUAAGUUUAAGAGUUACAUAGAGGGUAUCAAAGAGGAGAAAAAGAAAGAAACAGCUUGUGAAGCAGUUUUCCCAUGUAUCCUUCAGAUUUUACCAAACCAUAUCUACAAUCAGAGGGACCCAAUUAUCCUUGGAGUUAAAGUCAAUGAUGGAAUACUAAAGGUUGGAACUCCCAUUUGCAUUGUUAAAAGGAUUGAGAAUGUAAGAGUGUUUAUGGACAUUGGGCGCGUCUCAUCAAUUAAGAAUAACAACAACAUGCCAGUUGAUUAUGCAAGGAAAGGACAGGAGGUGGCUAUUAAGAUCAUUGCUUCUAACCCAGAAGAACAGAAAAUGUUUGGGAGGCACUUUGGUGUAGACGACAGGCUUAUCAGUCACAUUUCUAGUCGAUCCGUGGACGUAAUCAGAACUAAUUACUGGAAUGAGUUAUCUAACGACGAGAAGGAUCUUGUUUUGAGACUUAAAAGGAUAUUCAAGAUACAAUGAAGAUUUUUGAGAUUUGAGAGUGAGGGACUUAAACUUAUGUAUUUUUUUUCUUUUUUUGAAGUGCUGAUUUUUUUAUUUUUUUUUCGUUUUUAAUAAUAUAGACAAACAACUCCUUUAAUGCCCCUAAAUACUUUAUGGAAGCAAUUGUCUUUUGUUUUUGGCUACCAAUAUUUUACAAAAUAUUUUGAUA